CUAUGAAGUACGAAUAUCUCUUGCUUACAGCAGUUGGAUUGCUGCUGUGGGUCGGUACGACGAACGCCAAGCCAGAUUUGUGCAGUGAGCAGCACUCGAAGGCGGGCAUGGAACAGGAUGGCGCUGCCUGCAUGGCCUAUAUGCCCAGCUGGACCUAUGAUUCGAGCAAGAAUGCCUGCAUUGAGUUCGUCUUUGGCGGCUGCGGCGGCAAUAAAAACCAAUUUGGCAGCCAGAGUGAGUGCGAGAAGGCCUGUAAGGACUAAGUUAGCUCAACGCACAGAGGCACCACAAACCAGUUUCAAGUGCUGCCAAAAACCAACAAAAAAAUCCAAAAAAAAAACUAAAUUAUUAUUGAAUAAC